GCGAACACAGCCGGCAGUACAGCGGAAAGCUUCUGUUCCUGAAAAGUCAUUCAGAAUGGAUCGAGACUUGGGCCGGGGUACUGUCCACCAAACAAAGGUCCAGGGAACGCUCUGGUGUUUUUCUCUGGUGGGAUUUUUUCUCGUGAGCCGCAGCUUGGCGUCUGACCUGGUCUACCGAGUGAUGGAAGAGUCCCCGAGCGGAACGCUCAUAGGCAACCUGGCCACCGACCUGAAGUUAGGAGGCUCGUCCGAGUCUAAAGUCACAUACAACCUGGCAUCGCAGCCCGUGGACGGGCGUUUCGUGGAUCUGGACCGGGACACGGGAGAGCUGCGCACAUCGGACUCGGUGCUGGACCGGGAGAGCCUGUGCCCCGAGCGGCCAGAGCGAGAGUGCUGGCUGUUCCUGGACGUUAUCCUGCUGCCAGCUAAUUUCUUCCGUUUGCUCAAGAUCAGCGUCUUGGUGGAGGACGUCAACGACAACGCGCCGCAGUUCCCCGCCGCCAGCAUCGGAGUCUCGGUGGCGGAGAACGCCGAGCCAGGUUCUCGCUACCCACUGGAGCCGCCGGCCGAGGACCGCGACCCGGGAGCCAACGGGGUCCAGAGUUACCGGUUGGCAGGUGCCCACGACGGCUUCUCGCUGCUCACCGAACGGGCGGAACGCGGCAGCCCGCCGGUGCCCUGGCUCGUGCUGGAGGCAGCCCUGGACCGAGAGACUCGGGACCUCUACCAGAUGGUGCUGGUGGCCGAGGACGGUGGCUCUCCCCGGCGCUCGGGUACCGCCAGCCUCACCGUCACCGUCACCGAUGUCAACGACAACUGCCCCCGCUUCGCUGAGUCCAGCCUCAACCUCACCUUGAGCUCCAACACCACGGUGGGCAGCCAGGUAGCCCGACUCCGCGCCACCGAUCCCGACCUGGGCUACAACGCCCGUAUCGUCUACUCCUACGCGGACAGGGUGCCCGCCAGCUCGGCGCGACUCUUCCGCCUGGACAGCAGCUCAGGGACGAUCCAGCUAGCCGCUCCACUGCCGGACGGCGGGCCGCUGCUGCACCGGCUCACCGUGCUGGCCACCGGCACCGGCUGCAGCCCGGUCACCGCCGCCGUGCGCCUGGCCGUGCAGCCACUGCAGCCGUUGCCGCCGCGGGUCACCCCGCGCUACAUCGCCCUGCAGUCUGACGGCGUGGUAUACCUGAAGGAGAGCGAGCCCGCCCGCACCCCUAUUGCCUUCUUCACCGUGACGGACGCCAAGCACAGGCCGCCCCCUCGCUGCUACUUGCAGGGCCCGGGACCCUUCCGUCUGGCGCCCUACCUAGCCUUCCGCAACGAGUACCUGCUGGAGACCUCCCGCCGGCUGGACUACGAGCUCAUGCCGGAGUACGAGGUGACGGUGGUGGCAGAGAGCGCCGACGGGCUCGCCCUCAAGACCCGCAUCAGGAUCGUCCUGCUCGAUGAGAAUGACAACUCGCCCGUCUUCAGCCAGCCAGUGCUCAACGUGGCCAUCGAGGAGAACCAGCCCGCUGGCAGCUUCCUGGCUCGGCUGAAGGCCAUCGACGCUGACAGCGGGGUUAUGGGCAGUGUCACCUACGCCCUAGCUCCCGGGGCCCUCCCCGUCUUCGUCCUGGACAAGGUGAGCGGCGUGCUCUCCGUGUCGGUGCCCCUGGAUCGCGAAGAACAGGAGAAGUACCGGAUCGUCGUCAAGGCCAUUGAUGGCGGGACCCCGUCCCGGGAAUCCACGGCCACCGUCCUCCUCACCGUACUAGACACCAAUGAUAACAGCCCCAGAUUCAUUAACAAGGACUUCAACUUCUUUGUGCCCGAAGACUACCCGAGCUUUAGUGAGAUUGGCGUGAUUGGUGUUGUUGAUGCCGACGGUGGAAAUAACGGCUGGGUGGCUCUGUCCAUACUCAAUGGCAGUGAUCAUUUUGUCAUCGACACGGGCAAGGGGAAUCUAAUGGCCAGAGCGCCCCUGGACAGGGAACAACAGAGCUCCUACAUUCUCUGGGUUCAGGCUACGGAUGGAGGGGAGCCUGCUCUGUCUGCUGUAGCUAAGGUGACUGUUCUUCUAACGGAUGUCAAUGAUAACCCACCCUUGGUCUUGUUCCCUCAGUCCAACCUCUCUUUUCUUCUGGUGGCUCCAUCCACAGCCCCUGGCUCUUCCAUUAUGGAGGUGUAUGCAGUUGAUAAGGACACGGGGAUGAAUGCUGUCAUUGCCUACAGCAUCAUUGGUCACAGAGGACCUCGUCCAGAGACUUUUGUCAUUGACACAGGAACGGGUUGCCUUCAGUUCCAAAACUAAUGAUUGAAGCUACCUACAUUGGAAAAGCUGCAACAAUGAACAUCACUAAACAUCUUAUUAGUUUUUGAAAAUCAUGCAUGUCGUUUUUCUCCCUUGCAUGAGUCCUUUCUGACACAAAAAUGAAUUUUAUUGAACUGGGCAAUCAGAAAACUCAAGCAACAUGAAACAGGUGAAAACAAAAAAACAAAAAAAAUGCAGAUGCUGGAAAUCCAAAAGCUGUUUGAAGUGCUGAGCAGAUCAAGCAGCAUCAGUGGGGAGAGAAAGAGUCAAUGUUUUGGGUCAAGGAUAGAUAAGAUGCAGAGAUAAGUCCCGAUUUAACAUGGUUUUGUUCUCACUUUUUUAGUUCCAGUGAGGGGGCCAUCACCUGAAAUGUUAACUCUGAUUCUUACUCACCCAGUGUUGCUUCACGUGCUGAGUGCUUCAUGCAUUUUCUGUUUUUGUUUGAAAUAAGUGACUUAACUGGUCUUGUUAAGAGUUUCAUCUAGAAUAUGGGAAUGGAAUUUAAGUUGGAUUCAAUUUGACAAGAACAUUAUGAGCAACAAUAUUUGUGUAAAAACUUAAUUUGUGAACAUUUGUAUCUAAGUCUAAAAGAGUUAUAAGGAAUUUUGUUUUGCAAAUAAAUUAUUUAUUUUUAUUUAAAAUAAGACCUUAGCUAAAGUUCAGACUUUAAAUAAAAACUCCAUUUGUAAAAUCCAGAAUAAAUGCUAAUUUUUUUUAAUGACCUUGGGUGUUUGCACGGAGUUUGCAUGUUCUCCCUUUGACGAUGUGGGUUGCCUCUACGUGCUCUGGUUUCCUCUCAUAUUUUAAAAACAUGCAGUUGCUAGGUUAAUUGGCCACUGUAAAUUGCCUUUUGUGUGCAGGUGAGUGGUAUCAUCUGUGGGAGUUAAAGAAAAUAUGAGAUUUUUUAAAAUGGGAUCAAUACAGAAUUAGUAAAAAUGGGUGGUUGGUGGUCCAAAGGCCUGUUUCAUUGCUGUAUUUCUUGAUUACCUGAAUUCAUUAGGAUCCUCCUGGCUUUGUUUUAAGGGACUGGAUCAAAGGAUAUAUAUUUUGCAAAUAAAAACCACUAGAAACUAGACACAAGAAUUUUGUUA